CUCAAGCUCAAUCAGUGACCCUCUACCAUUCAGAACCUUCGUUACGUUUUUGUUUUGUGGAAACUGGAAAACAUAUAUUUUGUCAUAAUUUAUAGCCAUAUUAUUAAAAAAUAUCCCAUUGAUAUUGAAGAAACGUUAUCGGUUAUUAUAAUGCAGCAUUCAUGAGCUGGUACGAUUUGAUAUAGUGUUUCCCCGCGACUAGAAUAUAUGAAAAAUAAAAUGAGCACAGAAGUGUAUCCAUCAGCGUGAUUUCGUGAAAAAAUGUGCCACAAAUUUUCAUAUUUGGUUUAGCUCAGUGGGAUAUUAUAUCGACAGAAAAUUUUCAAUCCAGAUGAAAUAGACAUUUGCCCACCUUUAUGGUAAAGACGGUCCGCAGGUGUGCGAACGACGGGAAGGCGUUGAAAGGAUCAGUCAGUGGGUGGCUUCACCUGGCAAUCAGCUCAGCACAAAUAAACGCAAAUACGACAGUUACGUUUUUCCGCGGCAAGCUAGCGAAGCCAGAAUGGACGACAUUAAGGCAGCCCUGGCAGAUGCAGAUCCGUUUAGCAGCUGGUGGCCGUUCGUUAUUUCUGGCAUCGUUUUUCUGAUCACUACAAUCAGGAUGUAUAUGGGCGGUCAGGUUUGCCCCAAUACGAACCUGGUCCGGGACCAGGUGGUUAUCGUAACCGGUGCGAGUGCUGGCAUUGGGCAGGCUCUUUGCAAAGAGCUGGCGCGUCGGUCUGCCCGCGUCAUCAUGGCAUGCCGCGAUUUGGAGAAAGGCGAACGCGCUCGGCAAUCAAUCAUCCGCGAAAUUCCCGGUGCCUCGUUGGAGCUGGUUCCGCUGGAUUUGCGGUCGUUCGACUGUGUGCGACGGUUCGCGCGGGAGGUUGAAACCAACCAUCGGCAGGUUGACGUACUGAUCAACAAUGCAGGCAUCAUAUUUCAUCCCGAGCAGCGAACCACCGAUGGAUUCGAGACGCAUUUGCAGUGUAAUUAUUUAGGACACUUUUUGCUAACUCAGCUGCUGCUGCCGCUGCUCGAGCGGGCUCCACAAGGACGGGUAAUUAAUGUGUCCGCCCAUGGGUACACGGCCGGCAAGAUGAACAUCGAGGAUCCGUUGAAUGUUGGCAGCUGGGCGCCCGGGUUCCACGCGAGGGAUGCCUUCUCGCACUCGAAGUUGGCCAUCGUGCUUGCCACCCGGGCCCUGGCCGGGCGGCUGCGAAAGGUGUCAUCAAAAGUAACCAUCAAUGCAUGCAGUCCGGGACUGGUACGGGGCACGGACCACCUCCGGCAUUCACCAAUCAUGAGGGCACUGUUUGCACGAGCUCUCACCUACCCAUGGAUGUGGCUGUUCAUGAGAAGCCCCCUUCAGGGAGCUCAAACGAUGUUACGACUGGCAACGGAUCCGGAACUGGCCCUAGUGUCCGGGGAAUUUUUCAAUGAUUGUGAACAAACCGAUGUCACGGAUCUGGCCAAAGAUGAUUUGCUUGCGGAGAAGCUAUACAAAGAGACGAUGAAGGAGCUGAAGUUAGAAUAAGGGAUUAUCUUUAAAUUGAUUACAAUAAAGGGGACUUUUUGAAAAA